UUUCACUCAGACAAUCAUCACUCAUCCACACUUUGAACUUCAAACACAUCACUCCCACCAAAUUCCACCAUGGCAUCCUCCCUAAUGUCCGGCGCCUCCUCCUCCUUCCCCGCCGCAUUCGCCACCCGAACCUCAUCCUCGUCGUCGUCGUCUAAGCCAUGCCCACCUCUUCUUCCACAGAAAACAAAUUUCCAUGGACUUCCAUUGCAAGAUGCAAAAAGAGUCCUAUUCAACCCACUUGUAGCUGAAAGGAAGAACACUUCAACAACUGUUAAAAGAGGGCUUGAGAUCAGUGCAAGAACAUCCGGCGCUUCGAAGUCGAUCGAGGUCGAAGUUGACAAACCUUUGGGCCUCACUCUUGGUCAGAAAUCUGGUGGUGGAGUUGUCAUCACUGCAGUAGAUGGGGGAGGAAAUGCUGCAAAAGCCGGGCUUAAGUCGGGUGAUCAAGUGAUCUAUACUAGCAGUUUUUUUGGUGAUGAACUUUGGCCUGCAGAUAAGCUUGGAUUCACUAAAACUGCAAUUCAGGCCAAGCCUGAUUCUGUUUACUUUGUUGUCAGCAGAGGUGCUGAUGUUGAUGUGAAAAAGCUUCCAAAACGUCCUGCUCCUCCCCGUUUUGGGAGAAAGCUAAGUGAAGCACAAAAGGCCAGAGCGACUCACAUAUGUCUUGACUGUGGAUUCAUAUACACAUUAUCAAAACCGUUUGAAGAACAGCCCGAUGAUUAUGCUUGCCCUCAAUGUAUAGCACCAAAGAAGAGGUUUGCACGCUAUGAUGUGAACACAGGUAAAGCAAUAGGUGGCGGUUUACCUCCUAUCGGUGUCAUUAUAGGCCUAGUGGCUGGUCUUGGUGCAGUUGGUGCAUUGCUAGUUUAUGGUCUUCAGUAAUUCAAAUCUAAAACCUACCUUAGCAUUCCACCUGUUCUGUAAAUCUUCUGAUCUUAUAUGAGACUGUCAUUCAUUUGGUAAAAGUGAUUCAUGUGUUAUAUAUGUUGUAGAGCGAACCUUGGGCAAAUUUUCUCCAUUGUAAGUGCCAAGAUACAAAUGUACAUCUUACCUCGAUGAUUCCACAUUGAUAUAUAGUGAAAGAUAAUGUCAUAUAUUAUGUUACACAUUA